CUGCUUUGGUCCUUCGGGCUUUGAAAAAGACGAAAGCAUGCCAGCUCUCGUGUUCCAAUGGAAUCCAGCAGGAUUUAACGAUGUUGCCGCAGCACCAGGGCAACAUUUUACAUUUAGAAAUGAUUCUUUAGGAUUAACUUAUCUAUUCGUGAAGGGUGAUAAUCAAGAUGGAGUCCCAAAUGUCAUCACAACAGCCAUUAAUCGGAUCGCUGAACGUGAAAUAGGCACGCCCUCGACCGCAUUUGAUCUUGAGGCAUUCGACGAAAUUUUUCGCUGA